AUGAAAAGGAGAGCAAAAAUAACAAUUAAACCUAAUUUAAAUAUUUCUUCAAUUCCUAGCAAAAUAAUAGAAAAAGAAUCUGAAGAAAUAAUUGAAGUAGAAGUUAAAGAAAAAAUAGAUGAACCAAUAAAUAUUGAAGAACCAAAAAUAGUAGAUAUUUCUACUGUUCCUGCAACUAUUUGUACUGGAGUAACAAAUGUAUCAGUAAAAGAUUUUAAUUUAGAACCAUAUUCUAGAGCACUUUCUGUUUCUCCUUCUAUUGCACCUUCUAUAACACCUUCUAUUGGAUCUCGUAAAAAAAAAAAAUUAUUUACAGGUAAAGAAGAAUUAGAUCCUACUAAAUUUACAAUGAUGGAUUUAAUAUAUUGGAAUCCUAAACAUGAAAAAGGAUUAGAUAAAGAAAAAUUUAAAUUACCCAAAUCUUCUACUCUUGCUCCAAGACCAAAAAUGGUUAAAGUUGAGGAUGAUAAUGUAGGACCACGUGUUAAAGUUGAUGAAGAUGGAAAUUUAGUAAUAGACCAAGAAAGUUUAAUUGUUAAACAACAAGCUGAAAAUAAUAUUUGGGAGACUGUUGAUGAAUCUACUUUACCACGGAAAAUUACUUCAUUAAGUUUUAGAAAAAAUAAAGUUAUUAGAAAAUCUCAUGCAUGGAGUCAAGAAGAGACUGAUUUAUUUUACCAAAUAAUUCAAGCAACUGGUCCUGAUUUUACCUUAAUGCAUCAAUUUUUUCCAACAAAGGCUAGAGCUGAAUUAAAGGCUAAAUAUAAUAGGGAAGAAAAGUAUAAUAGUGCUAAAUUAACACAAGCACUUAAUUCACCUGCUAUGAUGGAUGAUAUAUUUCUUGAGAAAUGUUUAAAAACAGCAGAAGAACUUGAAAGAAUUAAAAAAGAAGUACAGGAAGAAAGAGAGCGCAAAGCAAAAGAAUUGGCAGAGGCUAAAGAGGCACGAAAAGAAGCUAAAUUAGCAAAAUUAAAAGAAUUAGAAAAUGAUAUUGUUGAAAAUGAUGUUCCUAUUCGUAAAAUUACUAAAAGUAAUAGUGUAUAUUUAAGAAAAAGAAAAAUUAUUGAAGAUUCUGAUACAUCUUUUGAUUCACCAUCAUAA